AUGAAGAUCCUCCUCACCUUCUUCACUUUCUACCUGAUCUCAGAUAAAUUGAAUGUGUAUAAAGUGAGCGGCUUCUCAGGAGGUCGUCUGAUGAUCAAGUGUGAACAUCCUCAAUACAAAACCAAACCAAAAUACAUCUGUAAAGAAUCAGACGGAUGUUCAGAGAGGAAGAGUCCAGGAGUUCAGGAUGAAUGGAUGGAGAAUGGAGAUGUUUCUUUAUAUGACGACACCAGAGCAGGAGUCUUGAUGGUGUUUUUUAGAGAGCUGAAAGCUGCAGAUGCAGGAACUUACAGGUGUGGAGUGAAAGAAUCUGACUAUACUGAGAGAUUCAUUGAACUACAGCUGAGCGUCAAACACGAUGCAAAAUAUCCAAAGAGAGUGACAGAAUCUGUGUAUCUCGGUGAAGAAGUCAUCAUCACCUGUCAGAUCCCAGAGAAACAUAAAGUUCAUUUCUGUAAAGAGGAUGAUAAUCACAUCUGCCAGAACAUCAGCUCAUCUAAAGUGACAGAAAUGAGUGGUUCAUCAGAAAGAAAUGAAGAGAGAGUUGUUACAGUGAGCAUCAGUAAUGUGAGUGUGAGAGAUGCUGGAGUUUACUGGUGUGGAGCAGAAACCAGAGACACAGAUCUGACUUUCAUCUCCCUGAACACUCAAAUUCAGCUCAACCUCAUCAGCAAUGCUGAAUUUAAUAAUCUUCUUGACAGUCUAGAUUUCACCCAACAUGUCAAUGUCCCAACACACUCCAGAGGCCACACUCUUGAUUUGUUGAUCACCAACUCUACCUCCAUCACCAAUCUCUCGGUGCACGAUCUGGGCGUGUCAGACCAUAAGGCCAUCACAUUGGAGUUACCCACUCUGUUCCCCAUCAGUAAGCCCAGCAGAAAAAUCUGUUUUAGGAACCUUAAAAAUAUCAACCCAGUCACCCUGACUACUGACCUCUGCCAUCUCUUUGCUGCAAACCCCCUUUCAGUCACUAAUUCUGUGGAUCUCUACAAUUCAUCACUCAGCUCACUUCUGGACCGCCAUGCCCCAGUCAAGUCCAGAAACGUCACCUUCACAUGCUCAGCCCCCUGGUACACCAAGGAGCUGCGGCUACAAAAGAGAACAGGGCGUGUCCUCGAACGGCGUUUCAAGGACUCAGGACUCGCUGUUCACAAGCUAGCGGGAACAUCAGAAGGCCUACAGCAAGUCCCUCGGUGA